AGCAACACACGUCCUCCUCCUCGUGUACUGUAAUGGUUUCAUACAGUCUAUGGGGGUCUAUAUGUCUGUUCUAUGAGGAACCCUCUCAUCACCACCAACACGCACGUUGACGCUCUCGUGCAUCUCAUGUGUACAUUCUGUACUUUUUCGAGGGGGCGUGAGUCGUGUGGUUUGUGACGCAAUUAGCGCGCGACAAAAUACAGUUCCCCGCGUGGGCUACCGUCGCGUGAUACACACACAACAACCAUGACUGCCGUUGGCUUCUGUGGAGAGUGGUUUAUUUUCGCCUGCGACAAGAAACUCGUAGCAAUUGACAGCAAACAGGCCAGAGAAUCGUUUGUGUUUGACUGCAGCACUGCUGAGAAGAAGCCAAAGAAUGUGAAGGAUGAUACCAGCAGUGAUGGCGGUGCCUCAGAGGAAACAGGAAGUGACAAAGUCCUUGCCUUCGCCGUGGCUUCAUCUGGAAAGCUGGUGGCGCUGACCGAUGACACCAAGAGACUGGUCCUGUUUCACUGUGAGCCGUCAUGGCAGUGUAUCAGCAUCAGGUGGGUGGUGAGGAGAUGUACCUCCCUGAUAUUCAGCCAGGCAGAGGACGAGCUGCUGGCGACUGACAAAUCAGGAGACGUGUACUCCUUCUCAGUGGUGGAGCCGCAGAGAGAGGGCGAGCUGAAGAUGGGCCACCUGUCUAUGCUGCUAGCUGUAAGCAUGUCGCCAGACGACAAGUACAUCAUCACAGCAGACCGUGACGAGAAGAUCAGAGUGAGCCACCUCAGGUCUCCAUACAAAAUCCAGUCCUUCUGCCUGGGACAUCAACAGUUUGUCAGUGCUCUGCUGGUCCCUCCAGGUCAUCCACACUGGCUUCUGUCUGGAUCGGGGGACGGGACCAUGAAGCUGUGGGAGUACGAGUCUGGCCGUAAGCUGCAGAGCUGGGACCUCAAGGAGCUUGAAGAUGCACCGAGCUCUGAGGCUGUCAAACACAAGUCGACGGUGUGCCGUAUCACCUGCUCUGCUGACGCUCGUCAUGUAGCUGUGCAGUGUGAAAGAGUGUCCACCGUCCAGUUGUUCACCCUGGACCAGGAGGGCCAAGACAAGCUUGUGCCACACAGCAGGCUCCUCCUGCCCCACUGUCCCCUGGAUAUGGCCUUUGACCCGGAGGGCCGUCUGUGGGUGCUGAUGGACUCCAGGGAUGCACCGCUCCAAAUCUACACACUCGGACAGAACUCCUGGGAGUGUGAUGCUGAGAGCCAUGAAGUGAACAGAGUGACUGAAGCCUUCAAGCCACACUGGGAGACACUUGAGGCCUCCACAAGGACCGACAGCCGCUUCGAGCACCUGUACAAGGUGAGCUUUGACAACGUGACGGCAUACCUGCAGAAGAAGCAGCAGAGACUGGAGGAGCAGCAGCUGAAGAGGACGACGGCACAGAAAGCAAACGGCAACAAGAAGGCCAAGAAGGAGACGUCAGGAGCUGGAGUUCAGUCAUCGACCUGAACACACGCUGAGAGAGACAGAGAGAUAUUGCUUCCUUCAUGUUUGAUGCUUUGAUGAUGUAUUGAUGAGGCCCGUGGAGAGCAUGUGCUCGACCACAUGGCCUGUGUUGAGGGAUUUUUAUGUUUGCCUUAAGCUUCUGGCUGAUUUAGAGAAAUAAACGUUGCAGCUAAUUAAA